CUGGAGAAGCCACGGCUGCAGUGGUAAUAUUCCUCGUUUGUUUGUGUCACACAGAGAAUUUAUUUGCAAGAAGACUCCUGCUCCAAAGAGAAAAUGAACAGCCAAUAUAUGCGUCAUGAAGUGCGGGGUUGUGAAACCAGUGACCUGAGGAACUUCUGGGAAAAGACCAUUGAACAACAAACUCAAUAUCUGCAAAAUGAAAAAGAACGUCAGCGAAGAAGCGCUCUGACAAAGCUCAGAAAUGAAUGGAUGGAGAGGCUGGAAAAACGGAUAAAGAUGUUGAGGACCCAAUCUGAAGAUCCAUCCAGCUGA